GACAGUGUUUUGAGCCUCAUCCUACCUUUCCGAACCCUCAAAACCACUCGACAAAGGAGGGAGAAGAGAUUAAUUCAGCUGCUGUCCUUCAGGGAUUAGUCCAUAGCUCAGUGGUCAAGCAUUUGCCUCGCAAGCAGAAGGUCCCUGGUUCCAUUCCCAGCAUCUCCAGGUCAAGCUGAAAUGGGCUCCUGACUGAAAUCCACAAUCAGUAGCAACUGAAACACACCCCAUCACUCUUCCAAACAUUCUUGCUGCAACUCAGCAAUGCCAGGUUAGUAGAACUUUCAGGAAUUCGGUGUGGGGACAGAUGGGAUCAGAUAUACCUUCCCCAUCUCCAUGCUCAUGCUCCUUGGUUUGACAGUAGAAGAUCUGUUUGACAUGCAGAAGUUCCUAAGUUCAAUCCUGAGCAUCUCCAGCCAGGGCUGGGAGAGAUCCCUGCCUGGAAGGCUGGAGAACUGCUUCCAGUCAGUGUAGACAAGACUGAGCUAGAUGCACCUAUGAUCUGACUCAAUAUAAGGCAGCUUCCUUUGUUUCUAAACCUUCUCCAGCUCUAGAAGUCCUUUUGCUGGAGUUCUCCCUCCUCCCCAGUCACAACCACAAGCAGUCUUGGUUUCUAGGGCCAAAGCUGUGUUUCCCUCCCAUUAAGAAGUUAGGAAACAGCUUAGAUUUAUAGCUUCUCGGCCUAUUGGUUUGUUGCACAGAAGAUUCCUCACAUAAGAGCUGCUGAUGCACUAUCUAUCUAUUAUCUAUCAUCUAUCUAUCUAUCUAUCUAUCUAUCUAUCAUCUAUCAUCUAUCUAUCUUUCUAUCUAUAUCUAUGUAUCAUCUAUCUAUCUAUCAUCUAUCUAUCUAUCUAUCUAUCUAUCUAUCUAUCUAUCUAUCAUCUAUCAUCUAUCAUCUAUCAUCUAUCUAUCUAAUCUAUCUAUCUAUCUAUCUAUCAAUCAUCUAUCUAUCUAUCUAUUCCACUGCAUCUCAGCUUCAGCAAAACAUAAUUUCCACCAUCAAAUGCCUUUUUUUAUACAUCUUCUGAAUGCAACCUCUCAAUGUGCGUGGACAUAAUUCUCCUUGUAUGAUACUGAAGUGUCCUUCCAGCCUCAAGUGCACCACUGAUAGUAAGAAUAUAAGAGGAACCCUAUUGAAUCAGACCAAAGUCCUAUCUAGUCUAGCAUUCUGUUCUCACAACGGUGAACUGGAUGCUUCUGGGGAGCCUCUAUGCAGGAUCUGAUCCUCAUGAUUCCCAGCAAAUGGCAUUCUGAUGCCCAUUGCCUCUGACUCUGGAGAUGACAUAAUGUUCAUGACUAACAGCCAUUGACUAUAGUAAAUUCUAUUUCACUGCACCUGAACCAGGGCUGUUAAACUUUAAAUUCUGUGACAGAAAGCUGAAAUGCCUAAACAUCUGCUGAUGUUCCAGAAUUUCAGAGGUUUUGUUUCCACAUUCCUGCUUGAACAGCGCAUCAGGGCUGCCAUGAAGGAAAACUGAAAACAGGAUACUCACCACUGAUGCCAUAAUAACGAUGGUAGGAUUGGAUCCUUCCUUGUGUUCCCAUUCAUGCUUUAAAGGUCUUUGCUACAAUAUUUGCUGAUGAAAUUCAUUGGCAUCUAAAGCACCUGAACGUUGGAAGAGGCAGUGAUGGCCAACUCAAAAGGCUUUAAAAGAGAAUUAAACAAACUCCUGGAGGAGAAGGCUACUAUCCAUGGCAAAUAUCUUCUUCUACCUUCACUGUUGGAGGUAUGGAGGUGGAGUGAGUGUUGCUGUGCUCAUGUCCAGUUUGUGGGUUUCCUACGGGCAUCAGGUUGGCCACUGAAAACAACAACAACAACAGGAUGCUGGCCUAGAUGGCCUGAACCAGCUGGCUGAACUUAUGUUCUUAUACAGUGGUACCUCGAGUUACAAACACCUCAGGUUACAAAUGCUUCAGGUUACAAACUCCACUAACCUGGAAGAGUUACCUCGAGUUGAGAACUUUGCCCCAGGAUGAGAAUGGAAAUCGUGUGCCGGCAGCACAGUGGCAGCAAGAGGCCCCAUUAGUGUAAGCACAUCUCUAGUUAAGAACAGUUUCAGGUUAAGAACAGACCUGAAAGGGAUGAAUUUAUAAAGGCAGUGAGGAUGAACAGUGGGUGAAAUGCUGAUCUUAGAGAGAUGGCUGAUAUAAACCAGAGGUCUCAUAGAUUUGGGAUGUAACUCUUUUGGGAAAGGCAGAAACUCAUCAACAUAGAAUCUGUUGAAUCCAGAAGGUCCCAGGUUCAAUACUCAUCAUGUCCAGGAAUGGAUGAGUGAAACCUGUCUGAACUGCUGCCAGUCAGUGUAGAACAGGGAUGUCCAACAGGUCGAUCCUGAUCUACUGGUAGAUUCCCAGGAGGUUUAGGUAGAUCAGAGUUGAUCGCUGGGUCCCUUUCCUUGUUGUUGUUGUUGUUUAGUCAUUUAGUCGUGUCUGACUCUUCGUGACCCCAUGGACCAGAGCAUGCCAGGCACUUCUGUCUUCCACUGCCUCCCGCAGUUUGGUCAGACUCAUGCUGGUAGCUUCGAGAACACUGUCCAACCAUCUCAUCCUCUGUCGUCCCCUUCUCCUUGUGCCCUCCAUCUUUCCCAGCAUCAGGGUCUUUUCCAGGGAGUCUUCUCUUCUCAUGAGGUGGCCAAAGUAUUGCAGUCUCAGCUUCAGGAUCUGUCCUUCCAGUGAGCACUCAGGGCUGAUUUCCUUCAGAAUGGAUAGGUUUGAUCUUCUUGCAGUCCAUGGGAGUCUCAAGAGUCUCCUCCAGCACCAUAAUUCAAAAGCAUCAGUUCUUCGGCGAUCAGCCUUCUUUAUGGUCCAGCUCUCACUUCCACACAUCACUAUCCCUUUCCUUAGCAUUGUUUAAAAAGAAUCCUGCCCGCCCCCUCGCUCUGCCCUCCAUUGUUGCACAAUCUGCAGAAUAGAAGACAGUAUUUACUCAGUGAGGCUGUUUGUUUCCCUGAGUGGGUUUCCUCUUUCUCCCUUAAAAUGGCCAGCAGCUUAGCCAUGAACCCCCCCCCCCAAAUUGGGGCUUUCUUCCUCGCUAAGAAAAAGUUCAGCAACUUUGACCUGAAUCUGCCAGUUUUUAAUUCUGUGAGUAGAUUGCAGCCUCUUCGGAGCUGGCCACAAUACUGAACCAGAAAACCUCUCAGACAAGUGGAAGUGAGGAUGAGCCCUCAGUAUAAGAGAACUUCCUAUGAUCCUGUGACUUUGUGGAACUUACACUAGAGGUAAAAUGCAUCCAGCUGUUUAUUAAUGAAAACUUAGUGCCUCUAGGAAAAAAAUGAAAGUUUAUAAUAUAGACACUCUGGGGAGGUUGCUUUGGUACUCACCAGCUAAUAAUAUUUGAUUAGGCUUUACUUCAAAUGUGGAUUUACUAGGAUGUCAUCUUAGCAAUCUAGAACUGCUUCAAGGUCCAGUAGUUUUGCCUCAUCAGGUAGCGAUGCAGUCACCAGGAGCGGGAGAAAUGCAAAUAGGAAAAAAUGAUGGAGAGUCAUUCAUGUAAUGGAAAAAGCUGGACAAAGUAUCAAUGGAAGGAUGUGUGAAAGACAGGGAGAGGCUUGUUCCAUUUUUGAAGAAGGAAAAGAAGGGGAUAAAAAAAAGGAGGAACCGUAAAAGCAGGGGAUGGCUAACCAUUGUACAGAGCAUUGAAAAGGAUGCAAUUGUCUUCUGCUUGAAACUUGCAGGUUUUUGUAGCACUCCCAAAAUAUGGGAAACCAGCUGAGGGUGGGACAAAAAGAAUGGUGACUCUAGCUUCACCUCUUUUAAAAGCACGGUUUGCUCUAAGCAAUUUUGCUUUUCUUAUCACUGUUUGGCCAAAGAAUUCUGGGACCUGUAGUUUGCUGGGGGUGUUGAGACUUGUUGGGACAUCCCUAUUCCCUUCCCAGAGCCACAGUUCCCCAAGCUCACUGGAAAGAGGAAUUGACUAUGAAAUCACUCUGAGAACUGAUGCUGUGUGCAGGAAGGGGAAGGGGUCUCCUAGCAACUCUUAGCACCUUUAACAAACCACAGCUCCUAGAAUUCUUUGAGGGAAUCCUCAAUCCUGUUUAAAGUAGUAUCAUAGUGCUUUAAAUGUUUGGUGUCAGUUUGGGUCAAGUCUAGAUAGGUUAGGCCAAGGCCAGGCAAGGAAAACCCAGAAAAGGUUUUGUACAGGAGUCUUUUCCAGCUUUACGUAGAGAUUCCAGAAGCUGAACCUGAAAUCAUCGUCAUGCAAACCAUUUGCUGUCUGUCCUUUCCCCUGCAUGCUUUAAUGGUCUCACCAUAAAGAGCAGCAGAAGUUAUCUAAGCAUCUUCUUUGGCCAAAUCUUGGCUGAUCUUAGCAGUCUGUUUCACCCCAGAGAUUCUUGCCACCACCACUCCUCCUGACCCCAGACCCUAGGAGGCCCUUAAGACCUCGUCUUCCAGACAAGGGCUGCAAGCAAGGCAGGCAUUUUACAUGCAGAAAGAGUCAACCCAGAAUCAACAGCUGUCUCCAUGCUAGCACAGGAGGCCAUAAAAAAGAGAAAAAGAACCCAGCACCUCAUUUCUGGUGACAAAAAUGGUAACGAAGAAAAACGAAUGCCACUGAAUUAAUCUACUCCCCUGACAAAGAUUGCAGUAAAUGAGGGAAAUGGCCUGGCAGGAAAAUUAACCCAUAUUCUCAUUAUACUGUUAAGUGGCCUUUUCAGAUGCUGCUGCACUCAGCUGAUAGUUUACAAUUCAAAAAUGUGCAAACGAUACCAGCAUACACUGGCAAUGCUUUUAUUGCUGAACGCUGCAUAUGGAUCGCCCUCCCAAAAUACACACACACACAGAGAGAGAGAGAGAGAGAGAGAGACCAGCUUUUGCAACUGCUUCUUGUAAACAGACCGAGAGAUGCUUGUUUGCCUGCAGACUUGGGACUGUUAAAUUGGCUUAUUCCAGAAAAAGGGACAUUUUCUUUGGCCUCCGCAACCCAAGCACCACGGUAGCCAUUUGCAAAGCGGGACUCUGCAAAAGAGCCGCCACGUUCUGAAAGAUGAAUGAUAUGGUGGAUGGUCCUUAUUCAAUGUGGAGCAAAUCUAGGUCUAAGUACCAGAUGGCAGAGCCGAACACAGAAAAUCCGUAUGUGUGAUGGCGGCAAGGGACAGUCAUUGACAUACUUGCUUUUCUGGCCAAAUGCCUCAACAGAUGCAGAGAUUUUACAUGUUAACGUUUCAAUAUGCCACUAAAGCCCAGGAGGAAAGUUGGAGGCAAGAAGCAAAGGUGAUUUAAAGUGACAGGGGAGAAAUGCGACUCAUUUCUCCCACUAAGCUAGGUGAUUCUUUCUAGGGAGUUGCAGGUCAAAUUGGGCCCUCAAUAUUUUUUUUUAAUUGCUGUUGUUGUUGUGUUCACAGCCCACUGGUUAGGCAACCCAAAAACUAGAAUUCAUGGGCAUCCAAUAAGAACAUAAGAACAUAAUAAUAGUCUGCUGUAGCAGGCCAAUGGCUUCCUGCUGUUUUCAGUACCACAUACCCUGAUGUGCCAGAACCACAGAUACUGAGUGCAUGGAUUUUUGCACCCCUGUCAUUUGUAGCUUCUGGCUAUGUUUGUUUGUCAGGGCACUUUCUCAAAAGCUACCGUAGGAAGCAAAGUUUCUUUGUGCUGUGCUCAGUGAAUGAAAGAAAGCUAAGGCGCAGAAAUUUGCUGGCCAAACAAAUUAGUGUCUGUGAUAAGGUUCUCUCCACAAAUUUUGCCACUGGGAUGCACAGGGGAGCUUAAAUUAUGAUUUUCUGUGUUCUCGUAAUGACAGAACAUAAUAAAUUGGAGACGCAAAGUGUGAGGCGAUGUGCAUUUUUGUUUCAUGAUCACUCCACUAAACUUAGCCCAUCCCAUAUCUGACCUCAGGCUAACUCCUUAGGGGGCAAGAAUAUAUUUCUAAGCUAAUUGGGUUUCAGCCAAAACAAAGGGGGGGGGGAGAGAAGAAACCUUUUUGUUUUGUUUUGUCCUACCAAGCAAAUUAUUCACGUUUAUGGAACAAAAUAAAAAUUGAAAUAAAUAACUACUGCAAGCUUUGCACUUUCAUCCAGCCCUGUAUUAUACUUUUAGCAGAGCCUUAUUUCUCCCCACUCACCUGCUUCACUUUGGAAAAUGUCAUUACUUAAGUGGGGGAAAACUUACGCUGGCUUAUCAUGGUUGCCAUUUCAUUGCUAUUACAGUGGUACCUCGGGUUACAGAUGCUUCAGGUUACAGACACUUCAGGUUUCAGACUCCAUUAACCCAGAAAUAGUACCUCGGGUUAAGAACUUUGCUUCAGGAUAAUAAUAAUAAUAAUAAUAAUAAUAAUAAUAAUAAUAAUAAAUUUUAUGUAUAUCCCGCCCUCCCCAGCCGAAGCCGGGCUCAGGGCGGCUAACAACAAUAAAUGGAUGAGAACAGAAAUCGCGUGGCGGCAGCGGGAGGCCCCAUUAGCUAAAGUGGUGCUUCAGGUUAAGAACAGUUUCAGGUUAAGAACGGACCUCCAGAACAAAUUAAGUUCUUAACCCGAGGUACCACUGUACUGACCAUGGGUGGUGUCCAACACUAGUCCUACUCAGAGUAGGCACACUGAAUUUAGUGGACAUGGCUAUCUUAGGGCUAUUCAUUCUACUCUGGGUAGGAUUUCGUUGAACGCAAACCCAUGCAUUUCAUUCUUAUGGGAAACAGCCAAUAGCUUAAUGGUAGAGCAUAUGUCUUGUAUGUUGGUCUCAGGUUCAAUUCCUGAUAUCUCCAAGAAAUUUGCUGCCAGUCUGUAUAGAGAAUACUGAGCUGGAUAGGCUUUGUAUAAGGCAGCUUCCUAUGUUCCUGUGCCGGUAGAUUAUUAGGGGUUAUUAAUGUGAGAGACUAGGCAAUUAUAGUAUGUCUUAAACUCCUGUAGAAAUGAAUGGUGCAUUAUUAUCUAUCACCUAGAGCAGGCAUGGCCAAACUCGGCCCUCCAGAUGUUUUGGGACUACAAUUCCCAUCAUCCCUGACCACUGAUCCUGUUACCUAGAGAUGAUGGGAGUUGCAGUCCCAAAACAUCUGGAGGGCCGAGUUUGGCCAUGCCUGACCUAGAGAGUCUCAUCUUUUCCUUUCUUCAGGAUACAUCACAAAGGAAGGGAAUGCCCAAGAAACACACACCAACACACCCACACACCCACACACAGAGGGCAGAUCUACACUCGUGGUUUUUAAUGCUAAGGAAGUGUAAAGGAAUUGUUUUGAUAACCGUAUGGACACAUGACACCCAACUUUUAAUGUUCACAAUGUGUUAUUAAAAUGUGACACCAGAGGGCACUGCAGAGCAACCGGAAGAAGGAAAACUGUUUUCACGGGGGGGGGGGGGGGCACAAAGGUAAGAAACGCUUCAUUUUACAAGUAUGCCCUGUGGCCCUGUGAUGUUUUAGAAUGAUCUAUCUAAUAUCGUUCUAAUAACGUUAAAUAGGUCAGUGUAGAUCCAAUGAGAGAGAGAGAGAGCGCCUUAUCAUGAUCUAGCUUUGGCCUGUUGUCAACAGUAGCAAUAAUUCUAGCCUUAUUUUUUGUAUAUAAUAUAGCAUGCAGCUGGUGAAGGUAGUUUAAAAGCAUGAUUUAGGACUGCAUGGAACCUGCCCCACAGUUUUCUGCCUUUCUGAAUGGUGGCAUUACAUGCUCGGGAAACUUACCCAUAUACGAGAGGUUUGCAAUGCUUAGCUACAUCAUUGUUGCACACUGUAUCUGCUGCAUCAUUCAAAUUCAGCCUGAUUCUGAACGAUACCCCCCAUUCAGAAGCCCAGAUCUCUGUAUAAAGUGGAAUGGAGGUCUGAAUAGCUGUGAUACAUCACCUGCACAAGACAGACUGCCAAUAGUUUAGCUGCACAUCAUGCUUGCCAUUUUGAUGCACAGAAACUUGGUAAAACUGGUAUGAUAUUGUUGGUCACUGACAUGCAUCGUUAAGUUGCAUGCAAAUAAUAAUAAUAAUAAUAAUAAUAAUAAUAAUAAUGUACUGUUGAGUUGAGUGUAAAUGCAGUCUCCCCCUUUUCAACCACCCCAAUGGCUCUGAUAAUAUUCUUGCGCCUCUUCUUUCACAGCAGUAAAACACAACAGCAAUAGGUGAUAUCCAAUGUGGACAGCAGAAAAAGCGUGUUCUCCUUCAUGGAGAGCACGUGUUGCGGUGGGGUCUGCUGAGCCACCCCUCUGUUACCAGGCAGGGUCUCUAAAGAUGGCCUGGGGCAGUGAUUGGUUCACUGGGUUGCUGGGGUAAAAGUUACGUUGCAAUUGUGGUGGGAGGGUAAAAUGUUUAAAUACUCUGCACGCAGCCUGGAGCUUUCUUUGCUGCGUGCAUCGGAUCACCCGCCCACCCGCCCUUGAGUAAGGGGCUGUUGCAUUGACCUUGCUAUGCCUGUCAUGGGGUCGUCUGCCGUUGGGGCAGGGGCCUGGUAGAAAUUUUGUCCAUCUGGCUGAUUGGCUGGGCCAUUUGGUUUUUGCCUACUGCGUAGCAAAUCGUCACAACUUGUAAGGUUGCGGUUAGGCAUUGGUUGUAAAUUGGUGGAGGAGGGGUUAGGAUAGGCUGGGCCUGCCCCUCCAUGGUUGCUGCGGAAAGGGAAUUCCAUUAAAGGAAUCCUGGGGCUUGCCAUCUUUUCGUCCAAUCCCUGGAAUGGGACUAGGGCCGGCAAGCCUUCGGGGAGCAUGCGGAUGAGAAUUGAGGGUCUGUGACUCAGCUCCAUUUCUCCCCGACUUGCUUUCCCCCGCACUGUCUUUUGGUGGUGCCCAGAAGUCAGUUCUGUCCCCAGGCGGGGGGACAGAUAGUCUUAACCAAUGCCUAAACAACCACUCACGGUUUUGUAUUUAAAUAUAGUUGUGGCCAAAAUUAUGCCAAAAACCUUAAACAAAAAUUAAGUGUGCAUUGUGAGUUAUUUGGGGGGUGGCUUGGGGACCUCGACACGCAACCAUGCAUAUUUGUGGCAAGCAUAGUAUACCAUAUUGUAACCAAGUGCUGGGAAUGUAAAGAGUAACGUUUUGCAUGCUAUGCAUAACUCAGAAAUUUCAUAGUGUGUUGCAGAGAAGAAUUUUCUGACAGCAGCAAAUGAAUCUACCAUAUUAAAAUGCAGUUCAUUAAAUUGCUGGUCUCUGUUUUACCACGAAGAAUCUUUCAGUGCACAACCUCUAAUUUGCAUCAGUACCACCAACCACUCCAAUGCAAUGCACCGGCUUCAUGUACCUUUCCACAGAUUAAUGGGGGCAUAAUGGCUUGGCCUACACUGAAUUUUUGAGCACAAACAUAUGGGGAAUUCAAGGAGAUGCAUCUUCACAAUACUAUUCACAUACAUCUCUUUUUGUACAUUGUUCUCGCCUUCUGUUUUUGCGUGCAAGCUCUUAAGGUUACCCCCAGUAAGGGAUUAAAGAGUCAGUAUUGCACCUCCUAGGGACUUGGGUGGCGCUGUGGGUUAAACCACAGAGCCUAGGACUUGCCGAUCAGAAGGUUGGUGGUUCGAAUCUCCGCGACAGGGUGAGCUCCUGUUGCACGGUCCCUGCUCCUGCCAACCUAGAACAUCAAAGUGCAAGUAGGUAAAUACGUACCGCUCCGGCGGGAAGGUAAAUGGAGUUUCCAUGCACUGCUCUGGUUUGCCAGAAGUGGCUUAGUCCUGAUGGCCACAUGACCCGGAAGCUGUAUGACGGCUCCCUCAGCCAAUAAAGCGAGAUGAGCGCCGCAACCCCAGAGUCGACCACGACUGGACCCAAUGGUCAGGGGUCCCUUUACCUUUAUUGCGCCUCCUAGAGUGUUUUGUGUUUUUUUUUAGUCUGAGCAUUUGCCCAGUGUAAGAGGUCUUCUGAUGCAUGCAAAUUUUGUGUGUGAUUCCUCCUCCAUCUCUAGUUUUGAACUCCUCCAUCCUUAUCCCACAGCAUCGUUUGGGAGCUAUUUGCUUCUUUUAACAUGCUGUUUUUACUUUGUUUUAAUGUUUUGUUGGUUGCCAUCCUGGGCUCCUUCAGGAUGAAGGGUAGCAGAUAUUUAUUUAUUUAUUUAUUAAAUCAUCAUCACCAUCAUCUGCCACCAGAAAUUGAUUUAAAUGGUGUUGUGAGUGGGGUGGGGGACCCCCCCCCCAAAAUUUUUUGUGCAUCCACGUCUAAACUUGCCCUUGUCUAAAAUGCAUUUAUUGGUGUGUGUGUGUGUGUUUUCUUUUUUGCACUCAUUAUUUUGGCACUCACUCUGCUUCUGAUAGGAAGUACUCUACAGGGAAGGGGCAAAAUGUGGGGGGGGUCAAAGAGGGUCAGCUGGGGGAGUGAGAAAUGUCCCUAUUUUCAUCUGAGGAAGAGUAUGGUCUAAUUGGUGGGUACAUUCUAAUUCUACCCCAGGUCCCUUGCCCGUGAGUCAGUUUUGCCCUGCAAUGAAUCCCGUCAAAGAAACUUUGGCGCAGAAUCAGAUCGAAAACCGGCUCUAUCCUGCAGUCAGUUUGUGGCUUCCUCUGCUGCUGCUGCUGCUGUUGUGGCUUUGUUUAAUGUUUGUACCUCUAGGCCAUUUUAUGUUUUGAUCAUUCAUCCAUUUUUAUCUUUGAUUUGUCUUAUUACUGUUUUCAGCUGUUCUUAUUUCCCCUGCGUCACCUCGGCUAUUUGUUUAGAAAGGCGACUCAUCAGUUCCUAUAGAAAUAAGCAAAUAAAAUAAAAUGAGUCAUUCCCAUUCCGUACAUCCAGAAUGCAGGCUGAUGUGGCAUACAUAUAUUCUGAGAGUGUUUUUUCUCUGUUCCACGGAAUCGCAUCUUUCACUCCUAGCUUUUUGUUUUGUUUUCUCUUCCCCCUCCCAACUCGUCUCUCUUUGUUUUUCAUAUUUCUGUUUUAGCGUGAUUAUACUCGCAAAGGAAGCCUCUGUUGUGUCAGCAGGAUAGCAUGCCAAAUUAACUGGGGAAAUCAUAGAAAAUUGCCCCCACCCCCUUUCAUUCAAAGGUUAUUUGCUCUGUUUAAUGGAGGAAGAGAACCCUGGCCCCAUUCAGUCCCAUUAAAGCUGCUCUCUUUCCCCCAAAAUGCCCUAAGGCAGUCAGAAAAAGGACCUUGAUUGGCAUUUGGAAUGCCCCAUUAUCCUGGCAGUGAGCUGGCAUCUCCCCAGUUGGCUCAAAUUAACAUAUCCCAGGGCAGCAGAAGUUAUCAUACUCCUUGCUAAAGCAAUUCACUGUUUUUUUGGAUGGCAUUCAUGGUAACAGAUUUUCCCAGCCAGUCCCCUGCCAAAGGGGUUGAGGAGGCUUAAAUAAAUAAAAAAUAAAAGCCUGAAAGCUUGUCAUUCUCUCGAUGGAAGUUCAUCUUUCCUGGGUUCAACCGGAUCCAUCCCAGCCUCUGAAAAAAAUAUAAAAAAGGGGGGAGCAGUAAACAAAGUCACAGAGCUUUGAAAGACAUUGCUGCGAUUUCCAUUAUUCGCCUGGCAUUUGCUGGGAAAGAGGCUGGGCUUUUGUACGCAAGGCCACUCUGGGUAAUGGGAUAAUAGUGUCUUUCAAUUUGACCGUGCGUUUCGUUCCAAAAGAGCCCAGAGUGCUUUGCAAAUGGGAGGCACAGUGGAAUUGGACAUGGCAGCUGUUAAGAGCCAAAACGCAGCGAAGGCAUUGAGCACACAUGUCUAAUUUUAAGAAGGCGUUUGACAGCUUUUAUAGGAAAUGCCACGCAGCUGGAUCCACAACUCAGUUAAGCUGAAAGACUUGGUAUUUCUUUUGUGCCCCGUUACAGGACAAACGGAUCAUUUUUUAAUGGCUGGUAUCCCUGUGUGCAUUCAUGGCUAUAUGACUGCCCUGGCAAGUGAGGAUUUAUAUGGGUGAAUGCAGUUGCCAGUUUUUGAAACAUAUUCGCCUUAUAGGGGGAAACUGAAGCAAGGCAUGGCAAAAGUCAGGGUAAAUCCAGUAGCAUCCACCAGGGGAAACUUGGUGUAUUGUGAACGGACCCUGGUAGGUGUAGGUCAUGAAACCCCUAGGAAAAUGUAUUCGUUGGGCAGAUUUGGAGUGCCACCAGUUUUGAGAUCCAGAUGAUAGAUUUUUUGGAGAAGGGCCACAGCCAGUGCUUUAUAUGGGGGGGGGGGGAGAUGAGGUGCUAGUAUGCACCUUCUCCCUUCUCCCCUUAACCUGCCACUUCCUCCUCCACCACCACGUCCUUCUCCCCCGCUCCCAGUGCUUUGGUGUGACCCACCAAAGCAGGUCCACCACAAAGUGCCAUGGCUAGAACAGCCAUUUCCUUGACAUGCAGGCCGUUCUAGCUGCAGCACUUUGUGCUAAAGCAAAGCAGUCUCCUCUGUGCAUCAGCUGAUGGGCAGGAGUCCAAUCCUGCUUUGUGCUUCAGAAGCUGUGCACCUUUCAGCAGAGCAACACCCUUGCCUGCCCCACAUAUGACAAGGACAAUAAAUAUAUCGUAUAUAUCGUAUAUUAUUAUAAUUACAUUGCUAUCCCACCUUUUCCUCCAAGGAGUUCAGGGUGGUGUAUAUGGUUCUCCUAGCCUCUCCCUUGAAUCCCAAUCACAAACCCUGUGAGGUAGGUUAGGCAGAGAAACAGUGACGGUCCCACGGUUACAAACCCCACAAGUGUCCCUUUUUCCAGGGACGUCCCUGAUUUGGAGAAGCUGUCCUGGUUUCUGAUUUGAUCCUAGAAUGUCCCACUUUUCCUUAAGAUGUCCCUAUUUUAAUCAGAAAAAUGUUGUAGGGUAUUGAGUUAUCCGACACCUGAGCCAUCUGAAGGCAGCCCUGUAUAGGUAAGUUUAUAAUGCUUAAUGUUUUGUUAUGUUUUUAUGUAUGUUGGAAGCCACCCAGAGUGGCAACCCAGUCAGAUGGAUGGGUAUAAAUAGUAAAACUAUUAUUAUUAUUAUUAUUAUUAUUAUUAUUAUUACAGUGGUACCUCGGGUUACAUACGCUUCAGGUUACACACGCUUCAGGUUACAGACUCUGCUAACCCAGAAAUAGUGCUUCAGCUUAAGAACUUUGCUUCAGGAUGAGAACAGAAAUCGUGCUCUGGCGGUGUGGCAGCAGCAAGAGGCCCCAUUAGCUAAAGUGGUGCUUCAGGUUAAGAACAGUUUCAGGUUAAGAACGGGCCUCCAGAACGAAUUAAGUACUUAACCCAAGGUACCACUAUAUUAUUAUUAUUAUUAUUAUUAUGAUGAUGAUGAUGAUGAUGAUAAUGAUGAACGUUCCUAUUUUUAUCAGAGAAAUGUUGAAGGGUAUGAGGUUAUCUACCAAUCACCAUGGCUGUUUGCUCAUUUGAACCCAGGGCCUAAUCCAACACUCUAGGUAAAAGGUAAAAGGUAAAGGACACCUGGAUGGUUAAGUCCAGUCAAAGGUGACUAUGGGGUUGCAGCGCUCAUCUCGCUUUUAGGUUGAGGGAGCUGGCGUUUGUCCGCAGACAGCUUUCCGAGUCAUGUGACCAGCAUGACUAAACCACUUCUGGUGCAACAGAACACCAUGAUGGAAACCAGAGCACACGGAAACGCUGUUUACCUUCUUGCCACAGUGGUACCUACUUAUCUACUUCCACUGGCAUGCUUUCAAACUGCUAGAUUGGCAGGAGCUGGGACAGAGCAACAGGAGCUCACCCCGCCAUGGGAUUCAAACUGCCAAGCUUCCAAUCGGCAAGGCCAAGAGGCUCGCCUGCCUGCUCUCAGGGUGUGGCCCAGCGACGCCGACCACACCAACCCACCCGUCGGUCGAUCUCCAACACUCUAACCAUUGCAUCACACCAUUUAUGUAUGUUAUCAGAUGCAAUGUGCAGGGCAACGGGAGUGGUUUACUCAAAAUGGCCCAAUGGGGAAGCCUGGCAGGCCACAACUGGCCUACGGGCUCGAGUUCCCCUACCCCUGCUCUGAGUGUUUAUCCUCUCCACACACAUACACACCACUCUGCUGGUAUUUAAGACUACAGAUUAGCUGAACGAAGAGAGGAAAGGGCUGCUUGCAGGAAGGGUGUGGUUGGGACUGCAGAGCUGCAGAGUAUUUGUCUACAAUCUACUUGAGAAGAGCCUUGCUAACUUUCCCUCUUCUACCCAUCUUUUAAAAGUUCAGUCCCAUUUGCCAACUGUGCUGCUGGAUGUGUGGAAAAAAAUUAUAGCCCCCUUUGAAAGCUGUCCAAAAGGGUUAGCAUGGGGAGGAGAUGCUUCUCCAUCUCAUAGGCUCUAGCUAUUCCACCCCAUACCUCCACUUUUGCAAAUGCACCAUUAGCUGUUUUCCCAAGAGGGCAAGAUCUCCCAAACUUCUGAGUUCAUUGAUCCUUUGAUGAGCUUAUAAAGUCACCAUUGACUCAAACACAAAUUUGUAGGAAUGUAAAUGAAAUAAGGUCAAGAAAAACCAAUGUAUAUUUGACAUUUAUUAAUUCUCAGUCAUAAUAUAUAUAUAUGACAUCAGGUAAUCUUUUCAACACCUACAGAAAAAAAUAUUUUCAGGCAUACCCAUCCAGUCAUGCAGAAUGUUGAUAUGUGCAUUAAUCUUGCAUUGAGCUUAUUGUUUAUUUCUUUAAAAAAUAAUUUUUAAAAGUUUUAAAUAGUUGCUUUUAACUGGUUUUUGUUUUUUAAAAAUGAUAAUUUUAUUGUUUUACGCUUUCCCUAAACCGCUUUGAGGUUUUAUUACAAUCAAGCGGUAUAUCAGUCAUGCGAAAUAAGAAAUACAUAAAUAAAUGAGAAACUGCUGAAUUGUGGAAUCAUCUUAUUAAAUACAGAUUUUCCUCAAUGACAAGGGAGGUGUACAAACAACGUUCAUUACUUCUAAGGCACCUACAGUACUUCCUAAUUAAAUUGCUUGCACUAUACCUCAUGAAUUUCUUUUCCGCACCCCUUUUGUCCCUAAGUCUUUGUUCAGCCUCUCCAUAGUCCCAUAAACCCCAGGGAGAGGGGUGGGGGGGGUCAAUAUUUGGGAAACCCUGCUCUAUGGGGGUGGGGGGGUCAGGGGAUAGACAGGUGACAUUUUUGUCAUUAGUCAGAUGAGCUCUAGGUGAGAGUAGUCCUUUUAACAUUGAAAUGUCUAUGAAAGAAUGAAGAAUUUUUGGGAUUCCCCCCAAAAAAACAACAACAAAAGGCAGGGGAUAAUGAUGGUCAAGACCUAUGAAACUGGAUCAAGACCAUUCCACCUAUUCAUAACCCACAGUAGGGAAUCUUGAUUUUACCUUUAGGUAAGCGAACGUGCUUACACAAACCACAAUCAUUUGCUCUGUUUCACCACCGUAGCCCAAUUCUGCGGAUUGAGCUGCAAAUGUAAUUGUAUUUUAAGGGAAGAACUUUAAUUAGGUGGUUUGAUAUACAAUUCUGACUCAUGAUGGAUUAUCCAAGCUUUUGUAUUCAGCAAUAAUUCCUGGAACUAAGUGAUUCCAGUGGGACUAGAUUGUGCUAAUACAGUAGGUUGGUAAAUAAAUUUAGUUCUUAAUUGAAGAAGCUUCAUCUGGAAAGUCAGUUAGGUGUCCUCGUCACUUUGUUACUGUAGUGAUCCCAAAGUUUUCUAUCAGCUCCGGGAAGAGUCAUUCAGUUGCAGCAGAGCCAGUUUCAAGUUUGAGAGGACGCUUUGCAAAGUGCUGUAUAGCGGACUUACACCAAUGCUGGUGGAACUCAGAAGACUCCCCUGGUGGUUGGUGACAACCACCAUUGGGGUGUCAACUUCAAUAAAAUAUUGGGGAGGCUCCACCCCACAUAACUGAUCACAAGACACAGUGCAUGCACCCCAUUUGAAUGACAAUGCCCAUCAACUUGGGUGGGGCUGGCCUCCUCAAAUAUAUAUAUAUAUAUAUAUAUAUAUAUAUAUAUGGGGAAGGAAGAGCCCUUGGCUGCUAGGAUUUGGCUCCUAUGACUACCAUGGUCAGCGGCAACAGCAGUGCUCUGUAGACCGCAGGCAUGGUGCCAUUUUAAUUUCCCACAAUUCCCCCAAAGCAUUGUGGGAGAUGUAAAUGGUAGCUGCCUAGCACUGACUAGAGCACAGGUUUUAAAUGGCAAGCCUGGUGUGUCCCCUGUUGGGAUUGAGCUUGAUUUCCAUUUGAGAAACGCGACUUGCCUUGAAUUGUAUUUAGGGAUGUAAAAGGGCAUUACUUUCUGUUCUGCCCUGUAUUCAUCACAUACAGCCCCAAGUCUGUGUUAUUUGUCUUCCUAUCUACUGUGCUGAAACUACAUCACUUAGAUCACUUCCGGAAUUAGUUUGCAGAAUUAAUUUACAUAAUAAAUGUAAAUUAUGUUGUCCUUGUGUUAUUCCACUUCAUUCAUUCCAAUUCAAUGGAAGCACAAUGCAAAUGGGAGGGGGUGGGAGAAGGGUAAUGAAUUACAUAUUGUUUGCAGAUUGAAAGCAACAACAGUGAUUACUGAUCUUAUUCUCUGGACUGCAUUUCUGUGCCAGGCACAGGACAAAUGGGCAAACAUCACAAAGUUCUGCUCCUGAUUUUAUCAGAAUUUUCUGACAUCCCUAAUUGUACUUUAAUUGGCAUGAGAGAGAGAGAGAGAGAGAGAGAGAGAGAGAGAGAGAGAGAGAGAGUACUCACCUACCUCAGUAUUGUUUUCCUUGACUGGGAGUGCCUAUCUAGGGUUUCAGAUACAAAAUGUCCCCAGCCCUACCUUGACAUACCUGGGACUAAGCCUGAGACCUUCUGCACUUAAAGCAAAUGUUCUCCUGCUGAGAAAUGGUCCUCCACACAAAGCAGAUCUUGGGAACUUUGGGACCUUUAGAUGUUGCUAAACUAUAGCUCCCAUCAGCCCCAUCAAGCAUGGUCAUUUGCUAGGUAUGAUGUGAGUUGUUGUUCAGCAACAUCUGGAGAACCAAAGGUGCCCCACAACUUCCCUAAAGUGGUAUUAUAUGUUGGAAUAAUGCCCACCCGGGAGCAGAGCCAGCCUGCCAGGCACUCCGGGGCCAUUAAUCCAGUGGUCACUCUCUGGCUGAAACACAGGAAUUUCUCCUCAGUCCAGAGAGACGGAUGAUAAGUGAUCCCUCCCUUCUGAGAGGAACACACUAACAAACUUCUGGCAAUCCAUCACAGAAGAAUGAGGCAGUCCGUAGUCUCAGGCUACUUUAUUGAAACUGCAUUCACAAACACACGCAUGACUGUUCGUCUUGAGCAGCCCAGCUUCAGAGUCUUCGACUCAACACUGCUUCAGUCCAGAAGCGGAAGAACUCACUGUAACUCCACCCUGGUUUCACUGAGGACUGUCUGAGAACUGACUCAGACUUCCUGUCCCAUGGUCAGUAGCAUCACCUGAUGUAAACAACCAUGUUGUUCUUGCUGCUUCCUGGCAGCUUGUGGGAACUGAAAUCCCAACAUUAUAUACCAUUGUGUGCCACUCCACAAAUAUGGACCACUUAUCAGCGUCAUCUCCAACUACUCAAAAGAUUCCAUCAAUGGUGUCUCCAAAAAUUUUUGCACAUCACUUAGGAAGACAGGUGAACUAAUGCCAGUGUACUGGAAGAAGCAAAGAUCACCAGUGUUGAAGCGAUGAUUCUUCAACAUCAACUUCAUUGGACUGAUCAUGUUCUUCCCAUGCCUGAUUAUUGUCUUCCAAAGCAACUACUCUAUUCUGAACUUUAAAACGGAAAGCGUAAUGCUGGUGGUCAACAAAAGAGGUUUAAAGACUGUCACAAGGCAAAUCUUUAAAAAAAAAGUAGUAUAAACACUAACAAUUGGGAAACAAUAGCCUGUGAGUGCUCCAAUUGGACAACACCCUUUACCAAAGGUGUCAUGGGCUUUGAAGACACUUGAACUCAGGACGCAAGGGAGAAAUGUGCUAAGAGGAAGGCAUGCUUGGCAAAUCCACACCAUGAUCAACUCCCACCCAGAAACCUAUGUCCCCACUGCGGAAGGACGUGUGGAUCCAGAUUUGGCCUCCACAGUCACUUAUGGAGUCACUGUGAAGACCAUGUUCAUGGAAGACAACCUUACUUGGCUACGAGUGAUAGAAGAAGAAGAAGAAGAAGAAGAAGAAGAAGAAGAAGAAGAAGAAGAAGAAGAUUGUACAAUGCUUUUCGUCAGCUGUCAAAUACUGGAAAAUACUAGAAACUUGCUACUAAAUAGGGUAGAAUAUAUUACAGCUGGUUCACAUCUUCAUGAAAUGCUGGGGAACAAGGAUUCAGUCACCAACCAAACUUGUUAUCAGGAAUGUUUUGUCAUUGGUUCCAACACUGUAUUUUCCACUGCCACACACAAACCCCAAUUCACUCAGUGGUAAAUAGAAUACUUCCCUGUAGGAUGUCAUCAGGGGUUAGCAAUGACCUAUCAGGCUUUAUUCACCCACACCCAAAUGCUUCUGCUUUCAGCUCAAAACUACUUCUCCUUUUGAAAGGUUGUGAAAACCAGGGAGAUGAUAUUUCAACCAGGUUGCUUCUACUUGAAGUCAGUUUCUGAGAUAAAUCUCAGUAGCCCCAAAGCCUCCAGGCACCUUAACUUUGACGAUCUCAGGUUGAUUUACACAAAACACUUCAUCGUCGUAAAUCAAAAAGACACACAGGCAAUUGAUUUACACUCAGCUGUUGUUUAUGGCAUUCAGAAUGCUCUCAAGUCAGAAAUAAUCUUCUGAGAAUGGAUCCCUCUGAAUUCCAGUUGGGAGAGGCUGGAAGCCAGGACACCCACAUAACGGGAUCCCAUAUUCUAGUCAUGGUACUAAACAAAUAUCUAGCCAUGCAAAGAUUCAUUCUUCCUCCUUGCUUGCUCUUCUUCUCUGACUUCCUGUCUCCUUCCACGUCCUUCUUCUGAUAUCCCAUCACUUACUGGUCCAGCAAGUAAACUCAUUUCAUGCCAGGUCACCAGUACUAGGGGAAGAAAAAACUCCAGUAAACGUUAGAUUCUCCAAGGAUCCACCAACCACCCAACUAAUUAUGACAGCCUGUCAUGACCUACUAGUCUUCUUAGGCUCCUGAAUAAAUUUUAGCUCCUCUAGUAUCACAAGCUGUCCAAUAAAAAUCCUCCUGAUGUGACUCUACCAGCAUUUUAUUCUGCAGAAAUCAAUAGCUCUGGGGUUUCUUCUGCUAUGGACAUAAGCAUGAAAUGUGCUGAUGUCUGUGAAUCGAAACUGCUGUAAAAAGAACAGGGGAAGGGGACAUUAAAAAGUUGGCAACUGUUUGCCCCUUCCAGGGUCUAUCAUCUCUCCAGGGUACUUGCGGAUUUCUUUAGAAAGUUGGCAAAUGCAGGACUUUGAACUUGUGUUAUCAUUGCAAGGGGUGUAUAUGCAUUUGACUUCCCAGUGAACAUUUCUCUGGCACUCUGCAGCCUCCCUGGGUGGCUGUGGCUCCUUAACUGAAAAAGCCACAUGGGAGAGUUCCCUCAUUACACAUUUCUCUGGGCUUUGACUUGAAACAUAGGCUCCCAGGAAGGCAGCGGAGUGCAGCCUGAACUGGAGAGGUGAUUUCAUUGUGUGACCAGGCAGCAACCGCCCCAGCCCCCAGGGACCACCAGAAAGGAAUAAUGACUCAUGACGAUGUGUUAUGGAAUUAAAAUUUGGCCACAACUUGAUUUAACUUUCAAAUGUAGGGUCAGGGUCAGGCUUUGGGCGUCUAUCCCUCCCAGCCCCCCCAGCUGGGGGAACUGCGACACAUCAGGGUAAAUGGGAUAUGGGGGUGCUCUGCGAGACAUAAGUGUAGCAGGAAGCCCAGCCCAUAUCCCCACACGCAGGGUAGUUCACUGACAACCUUUGAGUGUAUGGCCAGUGACACCCAUCUAUAUAACCCCUUUAAGAGGGGAUGCUGGAAUCGCCUCUGCGGGGGGGGGGGGGAGUUGCCACUUCACACACCCCACCCCCCAUUUUAGGGAAUAAAAGACUAAAGGAUUCCUCCCAAGGCCUUAAACUGCCAAAGUUGUGACGAAUUGCUGCGGGGAAGACAAAACCUGCCAAUGCAGGAAAAUUUCUUCCCAGUUCUUCAACAGCAGCCAGUCAAAAGACCAUAGCAGCGCAUGCUAAACAGGAAGAAAAAGGUUAACCUGUAAACAAGAAACGUUAAACAAAGGGAGGGUUGGGUGGGUGAAGCUCCUGAGCUGGCUGCCUGGCUGCUGCCGGCUUCACCCCCUAUUUAUGAGACUGGCCCCCACCUCCCAGCAGUGUAAAUUGACUAACUGAGGCUGGGCGUGAACCUCCAAAGAAUAACACUGAGAGGCCAGCCAGCCCAUAUAACUGGUAAGUUCCCUGGGGUCUGAAGCGCCACACAUGAUUCCACAAAGGGCACCUACAUUGUCAAGUGUGAGCGCUCAUUAUGUGUGCGUUUUUUGUGUUCAUUAUAUUUUGCUUUGGAGGUAGAACCCAAAUCAAGGAAUUCAAGUGACUAGAAAUGAGAUUCUAACUAAAUGUUAGGUGGAACUUUCUGGUGGUAAGAGCUGCUCAACAGAUGGUGGUGGACUUCCCUUCAUUGGAGGUUUCAAACAGAGGUUGGAUGGCCAUCUAUCAAGGGUUCUUGAGCUGUGAUUCCUGCAUUGUAGGGGUUUGAACGAGAGGACUUUGGGUCCCUCCCAACUCUACAAUUCUAUGAUUCAGUGCUCUGGACUCUCCUUUGUUUUAACUGAUUUUAAUAUUGUAUUUUAUGCUUGUUGUAACCCACCCUGGGACCUCAUAAGGAAGAACAGCUAAGAAAUCUUGACUACCCUACUUUAUCCUACAAAUGAGUGUUGAGCUUGUUUGGAGGUUCUAGCAUGGAAGUGCAGGUAUCAUCUACCCUUGAGUGAAGAAUGGUGGGGUGGCCGUCCUCUUCCACCAGGUGCACAGCUUCAGGAAGGCUGCACAUGGGGCAGGGAGGGAGGGAGGGAGGGUGAGGACACCCACCCAGCUAGCCAGAUUAGCCAUAACAAUCCUGGUGAUCAAUGGGUGACCAGUGUCACAGCCCUAUUGUCCUCACAUCUGGUAAGGAAGCUUAAUAACGAUAAGUAUGCUUUAAACUGUUUUGAAUAUUUCAAAUAUUGUGUUUUAAUAUUGUAACCUGCCCUGGGACCUUAGGGCAAAGUGUGGGAAAACAGUAAUAAUUAUGUUAAUACAAAUAAUUUGUAGAAUGAAAACACACACCCACAAACUCACAUAUAACCCUUAAAGGUAAAGGUAAAGGGACCCCUGACCAUCAGGUCCAGUCGUGGCCGACUCUGGGGUUGCGGCGCUCAUCUCGCUUUAUUGGCCGAGGGAGCCGGCGUACAGCUUCCGGGUCAUGUGGCCAGCAUGACUAAGCUGCUUCUGGCAAACCAGAGCAGCACAGGGAAACACCGUUUACCUAUUUAUCUACUUGCACUCUGACGUGCUUUUCAUAGAAUCAUAGAAUCAUAGAAUCAUAGAAUCAUAGAGUUGGAAGAGACCACAAGGGCCAUCGAGUCCAACCCCCUGCCAAGCAGGAAACACCAUCAGAGCACUCCUGACAUAUGGUUGUCAAGCCUCUGCUUAAAGACCUCCAAAGAAGGAGACUCCACCACACUCCUUGGCAGCAAAUUCCACUGUCGAACAGCUCUUACUGUCAGGAAGUUCUUCCUAAUGUUUAGGUGGAAUCUUCUUUCUUGUAGUUUGGAUCCAUUGCUCCGUGUCCGCUUCUCUGGAGCAGCAGAAAACAACCUUUCUCCCUCCUCUAUGUGACAUCCUUUUAUAUAUUUGAACAUGGCUAUCAUAUCACCCCUUAACCUCCUCUUCUCCAGGCUAAACAUGCCCAGCUCUCUUAGCCGUUCCUCAUAAGGCAUCGUUUCCAGGCCUUUGACCAUUUUGGUUGCCCUCCUCUGGACACGUUCCAGUUUGUCAAUGUCCUUCUUGAAGUGUGGUGCCCAGAACUGGACACAGUACUCCAGGUGAGGUCUGACCAGAGCAGAAUACAGUGGCACUAUUACUUCCCUUGAUCUAGAUGCUAUACUCCUAUUGAUGCAGCCCAGAAUUGCAUUGGCUUUUUUAGCUGCCGCGUCACACUGUUGGCUCAUGUGAAGUUUGUGGUCAACCAAGACUCCUAGAUCCUUUUCACAUGUACUGCUCUCAAGCCAGGUGUCCCCCAUCUUGUAUUUGUGCCUCUCAUUUUUUUGCCCAAGUGCAAUACUUUACAUUUCUCCCUGUUAAAAUUCAUCUUGUUUGUUUUGGCCCAGUUCUCUAAUCUGUCAAGGUCGUUUUGAAGUGUGAUCCUGUCCUCUGGGGUGUUAGCCACCCCUCCCAAUUUGGUGUCAUCUGCAAAUUUGAUCAGGAUGCCCUUGAGUCCAUCACCCAAGUCGUUGAUAAAGAUGUUGAAUAAGACCGGGCCCAAGACAGAACCCUGUGGCACCCCACUAGUCACUCUUCUCCAGGAUGAAGAGGAACCAUUGAUGAGCACCCUUUGGGUUCGGUCAGUCAGCCAGUUACAAAUCCACUGAGUGGUAGCAUAGUCAAGACCACAUUUUACCAGCUUCUUUACAAGAAUAUCAUGAGGCACCUUGUCAAAUGCCUUGCUGAAAUCAAGGUAGGCUACAUCCACUGCGUUCCCUUCAUCCACCAGGCUUGUAAUUCUGUCAAAAAACGAGAUCAGGUUAGUCUGACAUGACUUAUUUUUCAGAAAUCCAUGCUGACUAUUGGUGAUCACAGCAUUCCUUUCUAGGUGCUCACAGACUGUUUGCUUAAUGAUCUGCUCCAGAAUCUUCCCUGGUAUUGAUGUCAGACUGACUGGGCGGUAAUUAUUUGGGUCCUCUCUUUUCCCCUUUUUGAAAAUAGGGACAACAUUUGCCCUCCUCCAGUCUGCCGGGACUUCGCCUGUUCUCCAGGAAUUCUCAAAGAUGACUGCCAGUGGUUCUGAGAUCACAUCUGCCAGUUCUUUUAAUACUCUUGGAUGCAGUUCAUCUGGCCCUGGAGACUUGAAUACAUCUAAACUAGCCAAGUAUUCUUGUACUAUCUCCUUAGUUAUUCUGGGCUGUGUUUCCUUUGCUGAAUCAUUUGCUCCAAAUUCUUCAGGUCGGGCAUUGUUUUCUUUAUCGGAGAAGACUGAGGCAAAGAAGGCAUUGAGGAGUUCAGCUCUUUCUGUGUCCCCUGUUUGCAUUUCACCAUCUUCUCCUCUGAGUGACCCCACUGUUUCUUUGUUCUUCCUUUUGCUACGAACAUACCCAUAAAAGCCUUUUUGUUGCUUUUAACCUCUCUAGCAAGCCUGAGUUCAUUCUGUGCUUUAGCUUUUCUGACUUUGUGUCUACACGUGCUGGCUAUUUGUUUGAAUUCCUCUUUGGUGGUUUCCCCCUUUUCCAUUUUUGUACACAUCCUUUUUAAUCUUAACUCAGUUAAAAGUUCUUUAGAUAGCCACCCUGGCUUCUUUAGGCACCUUCCAUGUUUCCGUCUCAUUGGUAUUGCCUGACGUUGUGCUUUUAGUAUCUCCCUCUUAACAAACUCCCAGCCAUCAUGAACUCCCUUUCCUUUUAGUAUUACUGUCCAUGGGAUCUCACCCAGCACUUCCCUAAGUUUUAUGAAGUCAGCUUUCUUAAAGUCAAGAAAUUGAGUCCUAGUAUGCUUGGCUGCUCCUUUCCGCUGUAUAGUAAACUUCAGAAGAGCAUGAUCACUUGCGCCUAAUGAUCCUUCCACUUCUACCCCACUAACCAGGUCAUCAACAUUGGUUAGGACCAGAUCUAAAAUGGCUGUUCCUCUUGUUGCUUCUCCCACUUUCUGGACAAUGAAGUUGUCUGCAAGGCCAGUGAGGAAUCUGUUUGACCUUAUGCUCUUGGCUGAGUUUGACAUCCAACAAAUAUCCGGGUAAUUGAAGUCCCCCAUUACUACUAUCUCCCUUCCUUUUGCAUGCUUGGCCAUCUGUUCCAGGAAGGCAUCAUCUAUGUCCUCCGUUUGGCUUGGGGAUCUAUAGUAAACUCCCACAAUGAGGUCACUGUUAUUCUUCUCUCCCUUAAUUUUGACCCAAAUGCUCUCACUUUGGCUUUGAGGUUCUAAAUCUUGGAUCUCUUCACAGGUAUACACAUCCCUGACAUAUAACGCCACUCCUCCUCCUUUCUUGUCUGGUCUGUUUCUCUGAAAUAGAUUGUAUCCCCCAUUAUUACAUUCCAAUCGUGGGACUUAUCCCACCAGGUUUCAGUGAUGCCUAUUAUGUCAUAUUUAGUUUGCUGUACCAAGAGCUCAAGCUCAUCUUGUUUAUUUCCCAUGCUUUGCGCAUUAGUGUACAGACAUUGAAGUCCAUUAAUCAUUCCCCGUGACUCUUAUUUAAGGAUUUCUCCUCCCACCACUAGGUCUGUGUGCUGUUUGCUCCAUUUGGUCUAUGACAUUUGGAUGAUCAUCUUCAUCAAUUGAUAGACUCCUACCUUCAGGAGCACUAUCUCCCUCCCCCACAUUAGUCAGUUUAAAGCCCUCCUGAUGAGGUUUCUGAGAUUUUGGCAAAAACAUUUCUCCCAACUGUUGUGAGGUGCAGCCCAUCGCUUGCCAGAAGUCCAUCUUCAAGAAACUGCAGUCCGUGAUCUAAGAAUCCAAACCGUUCCUGUUUACACCAUUUGCGAAGCCAGCUGUUCACUUCCACUAUUUUCCCCUCUCUCCCUGGGCCACGUCGUUCAACUGGGAGGACAGAUGAGAUCACAAUUUGUGCAUUUAAUUGCUUCAAUUUCCUGCCCAGAGCCUCGUAGUCUCUUUUGAUCUUCUGGAGGCUAUUGCUUGCAGUGUCAUUGGUUCCCACAUGAACCAAGAGGAAGGGGUAUUUGUCAGUGGGUUUUAUGAUUCCUUGCAGUCGUUCAGUUACAUCUUGGAUCUUAGCCCCGGGAGACAGCACACUUCCCGAGACAUCUUGUCAGGCCCACAGAUCACUGCUUCUGUUCCCCUCAGUAGGGAAUCCCCUAUCACCACUACACGCCUCCUCUUAGGUUUGGCCGGGGUUCUUCUGUGAGCUGUCCGCUCCAAGGUCGCCUGCACAUUCCCUGAGGACUGACUUUGCUGCUCGUCUUCAUAUACCUGAUCGACUGUAAUGAGGGAGAGAUCCUCAAAUGGAGUCUGCUCUUCGUCUUCCAUGCUAGGGGAGAGGACCUCAAAGCGAUUGUGUAUUUCUAAACAAUCAGAGCGAACCCUGGGCCUCCUACUUCUUUGAGUCACGUUUCUCCAUAUAUCUGGCUCCUGUGUUGGUGAACUAGCGUCCUUCUCAGGGAGUCCCCUGUCUCCUCCUUGGUGGAGACGGUGUGCUCUGUUGCUUCCAAGAAGAGCUCCAGCUCUCUAAUUCUUUGGAGCGUAGCUACACGUUCCUCCAGUUGCUGGACUUUGUCUUUUAAGAGGGCAAUCAACAUGCAAUUGCUGCAGGUAAAGCUGCCUGCAACCUUUGGCAAGAUGGCAAGCAUUGCGCAGGAACCGCAGGCGACUGCAGCUGUUCCCCCCCCUCCAUCUUGAGAACGUGUCGUUGGGGGUGGCUACAGUGGUCCUCCAUCAUAAAAAGCGUGAAGACAGGAAAAAUAACUCCCCCCACAAAAAAACCUAGGUCUUCCCCAACAAACGUUUGAGACUAGCUCCCCUAACUCUAAAGAUGGAUAAAACUGCGCGCGCCGCUAGCUGCCCUGCAAUCUCUGAUAAGCUCCUCCCACAGCUAAUCACCUGCCUCAACAGAAACCCUGCCCCCUCUGACCUUUGCACAGGGAGAGCAGCCAAUCAGUCACAAAGAAACACACACACACAAGAAAACCCUUUUUGCUCCUUCUUCAACUGCUGCCCUGCAAUCUCUGAUAAGCUCCUCCCACAGCUAAUCACCUGCCUCAACAGAAACCCUGCCCCCUCUGACCUUUGCACAGGGAGAGCAGCCAAUCAGUCACAAAGAAACACACACACACACACACACACACAAGAAAACCCUUUUUGCUCCUUCUUCAACUGCUGCCCUGCAAUCUCUGAUAAGCUCCUCCCACAGCUAAUCACCUGCCUCAACAGAAACCCUGCCCCCUCUGACCUUUGCACAGGGAGAGCAGCCAAUCAGCCACAAAGAAACACACACACACAAGAAAACCCUUUUUGCUCCUUCUUCAACUGCUGCCCUGCAAUCUCUGAUAAGCUCCUCCCACAGCUAAUCACCUGCCUCAACAGAAACCCUGCCCCCUCUGACCUUUGCACAGGGAGAGCAGCCAAUCAGUCACAAAGAAACACACACACACACACAAGAAAACCCUUUUUGCUCCUUCUUCAACUGCUGCCCUGCAAUCUCUGAUAAGCUCCUCCCACAGCUAAUCACCUGCCUCAACAGAAACCCUGCCCCCUCUGACCUUUGCACAGGGAGAGCAGCCAAUCAGUCACAAAGAAACACACACACACACAAGAAAACCCUGUUGCUCCUUCUUCAACUGCUGCCCUGCAAUCUCUGAUAAGCUCCUCCCACAGCUAAUCACCUGCCUCAACAGAAACCCUGCCCCCUCUGACCUUUGCACAGGGAGAGCAGCCAAUCAGCCACAAAGAAACACACACACACAAGAAAACCCUUUUUGCUCCUUCUUCAACUGCUGCCCUGCAAUCUCUGAUAAGCUCCUCCCACAGCUAAUCACCUGCCUCAACAGAAACCCUGCCCCCUCUGACCUUUGCACAGGGAGAGCAGCCAAUCAGCCACAAAGAAACACACACACACAAGAAAACCCUUUUGCUCCUUCUUCAACUGCUGCCCUGCAAUCUCUGAUAAGCUCCUCCCACAGCUAAUCACCUGCCUCAACAGAAACCCUGCCCCCUCUGACCUUUGCACAGGGAGAGCAGCCAAUCAGCCACAAAGAAACACACACACACAAGAAAACCCUUUUUGCUCCUUCUUCAACUGCUGCCCUGCAAUCUUUUGAACUGCUAGGUUGGCAGGAGCAGGGACUGAGCAAUAGGAGCUCACACCGUUGUGGGGAUUCGAACUGCCGACCUUCUGAUUGGCAAGUCCUAGGCUCUGUGGUUUAACCCACAGCGCCACCCACAUGCCUAUAUAACCCUUGGUCACUUUAAAUUAAGGUAAGCAUCAAAAAGUCACCAAGUCUUGCACCCAUUAGAAUGAAUUUUUCUCUACCCUUUGAUAAUUCCAAUUGCAAACUCAUUUCUUACUAAUCGAUAGGAAAUGAUGGGAGGUUUUUUGGGGGGGACACACAGGGUAAUUUUUCAGCACAGCUGUAUAAGCAAAUAGCACACCUUUCCAUUAGAGGAAUUAUUCCCCCCCAUUAAAUAAAAUCUCCACCAGGAUUCCUCUGAGAGCUGGCUGCUUAAGAUAGCAAAGGUGACAUUUCAGGACUCGCCGUUUUAAACCGGUGUCGAAAAAAUCUCCUUCAGGAUUCAUUUUGCUGACAUUCAGAGCCUCAGCCCACGAGUCUCGCACUCUCUCCCCUAAUCACUAUAUUUACCGCUGCCAGAAUGGAAUUCAAAUCCUCAAAGUGCAAAGACCUAAUAAUAAACCUAAGUGGCUAGGGGAUGCUUCUUCAACAUUAUUUCCACCUAAUUUAUAAUCAAGAUGUUCAAUUAAUAAUUUUCGGUGCUUUACACAGUGUUAAGUCAGCUGAAAAGUAUGUGAUCCCUCCCACCCUUCAUCAGCACGGACGUUUCAUUCCACCUCCCACAAUAGUGCUGAGAGAUACAUAAUAAUCCAGCCAUACCAGAACACCAUAAUUCUUUGACUGGGAAAUUGGGUGAUUUCAGAAAUAUUUAUUUUUAGGUGGGUGUAUUCCACCCAGAAAUUCAUCCCAAACUGAGCACUGUUAUGCCUCUCUGAGUUUUGUGAGAGAGUUAAGCAUGGGACAAAGGUAAUUUGCUUACCUGGGAGUAGAUCCCAAGGAUUUAUAGAGCAAUCCAAUCCCCACCCCAUAUCAUACCCUCCAAUAUUUCUCCAAUGAAAACAUGGGCUGUUAUGCAUGCAGGGACAUCCUAUUCCAUACCCUCCAACAUUUGUCUGGUGAAAAUAGGAACGUCCAUUGAAAAGCAGGACACUCUGGGAUCAAAUUAGAAACGGGGAGGCCUUCUGUAAAUCUGGGACUGUCCCUGGAAAAUAGGAACACUUGAAGGGUCCGCUGUUGUGAGAGGGAUUAGGCAGAGUCUCCACCCAGCUGUCCCAUUUCAGCUGGUCUCCUGUUGACUACUGAAAAUGCAGUUAGGAGGUGCAUCAGCUUGUGCCAGUUGAAAGCACCAAAUGGGCCUUCUGAGGUUCUAGACUCUGCUGGUUCUGCACAUGCUCAAGCCUAAACUAAUUUCAGAGCCAUCAUGCAAUGGGAUUGAUCUGGUGCAGUCAUCAGACCCAGAUCAAGCCCAAUAGCUGUGCCCAUUGUCUUCUUCUACUGUGAGCAGAAAGAAGAGUUGUGGAUUCAGUGGCGGCUUCCCAGCUCCACAAAGCCCCUCUGAUGGAAGGGUAGGACUUGGGUUUGCUCCUUGCUGGGACUCUAGGUAAAUAUCCAUAGGAUCUGACUGUAUGCAUCUCUUUUGUUUGGCAGGCAAAUGGAAGCCAGUUGAGAUGGAAGGCUGUGAGCUCUGCCCCAUUCACCCGACUUGUCUUCACAGCUCAGAAGGAAGCCAUGGUCAAAUUAUCUCCAUCUGUUUGCAUAUAGGUUGUUUGCGGAGGCUCCUAAAAGACUAGAGUCUCUCUCUUUUGUCCUCAGGAUGAUUUGGG